UAAAAUAAAACCUUAUUGUGAAAUGACGCAGUCACAGCAAUUUAUGUGAAUUUAUGAUUUUGUUGAUCAAUCAUUUCUAAAUGUUUAAACUUUUAACAAAAUUGUACGUAAAUCAUCAUGCCACCAAAGAAAGGCAAGGAGAAGGAACCACCGGCGCCAGUCAAAGCAACUGGCCCGCCUCCUAAGCCAAGAAAACCACCGCCACCACCAGCCUGCUUCUCGAAUGAAGAUAUCGCCAAGUUUAAGGAAAUUUUUAAAGCCUUCGAUGAAGACAAUAUUGAUAAGGUUCCAAUAGAAGCAAUUCCUACAAUGCUUAGAAAAUUAGGAUUUAACCCAAAAGGCGAAGAAAUAAAGCAACUAUUCGUAAUGUUCCUAGAAGACGAUUUAGUCGACACAGUGGAAUUCUUCGAAUGGCUGUUUAUGGUUGAAGCCAAAAUGAACUGGGGAGAUGAUUUUGAAGCCGCUAUACUUAAAGCCUUUGCUGCUAUAGGACACGAUGAUGAAGAAACAGGUUUCGUAGACUUUGAAGUACUCAGAGAAGAACUGAUGACCUGGGGCGAGCCAUUAUCAGAAAUUGAGUUCAUGGAUUGGAUUAAACUUGCAAUGAAGGAUAAGACGUAUAAUCCAGAAGAUGGUAAAUUGAAUUAUCCGAAGUUUGUUGAGAAUAUGAAUAAUAAAGACGAGAGGUACAUUAAAGAGCCAAUAAACUUCUUUAAGCUGGACCAGAAGACGUUGGCGGCGAUGGCUAUGAAGAAAGCCCAGGAAGAGAAGGAGGAACAAGAAAGGAAAGAUGCAGAACAUAAGGCUAAAGCGGAAGCUAAGAGGCAGAGGAUGAUUGCGGAGGGUUUGAUACCGCCAGAUUAACACGUGAUUAUCCCGUCCUCAUUCAGGUUUAUGUGGUCAGACGAAUCUACAGAGUUCAAAUUGCUUUAAUAAGUCAUUAUAUAAGUUUUGUACAUAUUUUAUAUCAUUAAAUGAAUUUUAAUAAUC